AUGGAUUCCGACCCUUUCACGGCUAGCCUGUUCAAGUGGGACCCACGCGGCGGCAUGGUCGUACAGCCUAGCCGGUCGAUCAUGGAGCCACUGCAAGCAGCAACACAGCACACUGGUUCGUUGCCUGCGUCGGCGGCCACUGCAUACUCAGUCAGGCAGUUGGGUGGUCUGGAAGAGCUGUUUCAGGCUUACGGUAUCAGAUCGAAGAUAGCUGAGCUUGGAUUCACCGUGAGCACGCUGUUAGAUAUGAAAGACGACGAGCUCGACGAGAUGAUGAACAGCCUCUCUCAGAUAUUUCGGUGGGAGCUGCUCGUCGGUGAACGAUACGGUAUUAAAGCUGCUGUUCGAGCUCACAGGAGACGCCUCGACGACGAUGACUCCCGUCGGCGACACCUCAUCGUCUCUGAUACUCCCACCAACGCCCUCGAUGCACUCUCACAAGAAGGACUGUCGGAGGAGCCGGUGCAAGAAGAGAAGGAGGUGGUGGGGAGUGUUGGCGGAGGGAUGUGGGAGGUGGUGGCAGCAGGAGAAAGGAAGAAGAAGCAGCGCCGAAGCUUGAAGGUUCACCGGAAAACGGUGGUGGAAAAUCAUGAAAAUGAUGCCGACGAUGAGGACGACGAAGAUGACGAUAAUGGAAACGGAAACGGACAUGGUGGAAUCAGUGAGAGACAAAGAGAGCAUCCGUUCAUCGUGACGGAGCCUGGGGAAGUGGCACGUGGCAAAAAGAACGGUCUGGAUUAUCUCUUCCACCUCUACGAGCAGUGUCGUGAUUUCUUGAUUCAGGUCCAGAAUAUUGCCAAGGAGCGAGGUGAAAAAUGCCCCACUAAGGUUACAAACCAGGUGUUUAGAUAUGCAAAGAAAGCAGGAGCAAGCUACAUAAACAAGCCGAAAAUGCGACACUAUGUGCACUGCUAUGCGCUGCAUUGCCUAGACGAGGAAGCAUCGAAUGCCCUCCGGCGAGCAUUGAAGGAAAGAGGCGAGAAUGUCGGGGCGUGGAGGCAGGCAUGCUAUAAGCCAUUAGUGGCCAUUGCGGCAAGACAAGGUUGGGACAUUGAUUCCAUCUUCAAUGCACAUCCUCGUCUCUCUAUUUGGUAUGUUCCCACAAAGCUUCGACAGCUUUGUCACGCCGAGCGCAACAAUGCAACGCUUGCUGCUUCUAGCUCUGUCUCUACCGGGGCUGAUCACUUGCCCUUUUGA